AUGACUACGGCACACCGCGAGAAUGGUCUACUAUCUCCAGCACAAUCAGACAUUUCUGUGGCGUAUGCUCCAUCUGAUGUUCUUCCUGUGCCAAGAUCACAUCCUCUUCCUGCUGGAUCCUCCAAACAGAUUGCUCUAAUCAACUACCUAGAUGACAGGAUUUUACACAUUACAUCCCGAUACGCCAAGAGCUUUGCUGCGAGUGCAACCGAUCGCGACCACAAUGUAGGCUAUACAGACUUUGGUCAAGUCAUCACCGAUGUCGAUGCUGUGCUCGACGUUGUCUGGAUCAGCAAUACACCCUCCAUACAGAUUCCAUACCUUCUGAGCCUCGCUGGCCAGUUCAGAGAUUACCUACAUUCUUUCUCGUUCGUGACAGACUCUUUUCGCCUCGCCAGGAGGUUUGACCUAGCAUUUUCGCGACUGCUUUCGGCACAGGAUCAUUUAUCCACUGCGAUUACCGUGACGGACAAAGUACGCAUUAGGUCUCUAGCUCAGGAGACUAGGGUGGAGAUGACUGAGGUCGCUUCAAAAAGUGGUAUGUCUGUUGAUGAGGACGCAUCCUCGAACGAUGAGGACUUUGACGAUGAUGACACAAGCGACGGUGACAAAAAUCUGAACAACCAAUCGAUUGCUAUGAGUCUCGGCAGAGUCUAUGAGAAGACUUUGGAAAUACUUGGUGCUGACUUGAGCUCUCUGCCAGCUCUAGAACCACAGCGCGAAGACGAAGAUACACCAAACCAAGCUUCGCAAGACGUGGAGAUCAUCGACCUCUGA